AGCGGGGCAGACAACACCUGGAAAACAAAAGAUGGAAAUGAGUCAUUGUCCUGCGCAGAGGAUGAUUGACUCUUGAGGCAGCUUUGCGUGCAAUGGAGGAUUAAGAGACUUCAUGAAUGCAGAAGUUUUGGUUUUCACAAAAACUGGAUGACGUACGAAAAUGAGGAGAAAAUGCAAGCUGUUUUUCUUAGUAGCUUCAUUGACAAUUAUGAUUUUUAUGUUGACACCUAAACAGCAAACAACAUUUUUAGAGACUGAAGAUGAUACUGAUAAUGAAGUCAUUCCUACAGAAGAAUGUUGGUUGCCAAUUGAAAAUGACAGUGGAAGAAAAGUAGACCAAAUAAAAUCAGAAUUUAAAAGAAGAAGAGGCCUAUCAAACAGUACAAAAGUUGUUCUUCUGUAUACUGGCUUGUUUUUCAGUCCAUACUGGUGGGGGAAAAAUGAAAAGCAGAUUCAGAAAUAUACACAUGACAAGAAGUGUGAGAUUAGGGAUUGUCACUUCACAUAUAGAAAGAAUACACUUCAAGUUGCAGAUCUUGUUAUAUUUCAUGGUGUGGAUCUUAAUAAACCUUACUGCAUUAGAAAAAUUUCAGAACGAAGACCAGAUAAUCAGAAAUGGUUGCUUUUCAUGCAUGAGAGUCCUGUUUAUACAAAUAAUUUGAAUAAAUAUAAUAGAAUUUUUAAUUGGACCAUGACCUAUAUGCAGAAAUCUGAUAUUUAUGUACCAUAUUUUUCAUAUCAGACACUUACAAAGCAUUCAGAGGUUCAAGGUUUUGAAAAAAAUUUUGCAGAAGGGAAGGAGGGGAAAGUUGUUUGGGUUGUGAGCCAUUGUGGACUAUUACGUGAUGAUUAUGUUCUUGAACUUCAAAGAUACAUUGAUGUCACAGUAUUUGGGGACUGUAGUUCAAAAUUCAAGAAAGGCAUGGGUCGAUGUAAUGACUGGGGAACUUUUUGUGAGGAAGAAAUAAAGAGGUACAAGUUUUACCUUGCAUUCGAAAAUUGCUUUUGUGAGGAUUACAUAACUGAAAAGUACUGGGAAAAAGGUUUGAAAUAUGGACUAAUUCCCAUUGUAAUGGGAGCUAUUAGUGGAAAGAGUAAAGUGAUUCCCAAUUCAUAUAUAGAUGUAAACAAUUUCCAAAGUAUCCAAGAACUUGCAGCAUAUUUGUCAUAUCUGGACAAAAAUGAUACAGCAUAUAAUGAAUAUUUCAAAUGGCGUUAUCAUUAUGAAGUCAACAACAACAUUGAUGCAUUGUGUGAAGUUUGUAAGGCAGUUCAUGAUCGAUCAAGACAACCAUUUGUGUAUAGAAAUAUUGGAAAGUUCUGGAGCAAGAAGCUCAAUUGUGAUCCACACCAAUGGAAGGUAGAUCAUAUUAAAAUGCAAAUUUCAAAAUCAAAAUUUAGAUUUAACACUUAGUAAAAUUGACAUUAUAGUAGUUUAUUUCUAUAUAGAAAUGAUUUUAUGUUAGAGACAAAAAUGCAUACAACUGGAAUCAUCAUACCAAGAAAGUCUAAAAAACGAAACCUAUACAACACUAGAUCUCUAAAAACCCAUGUCAGCAACAUAAAGUAUUGUAGAAAAUUGUGUGAUCAGUUUUCAUUGGCAGAAAUUGUCCUAUGCAAAUGAAGAGGCAUUGUGUUUUUAAGCUUCAAAUGAAUUAGGAUAUCUCUUUCUACCAAAGAAUUGUGAUUGGAUUUCAACAGAAUUUUCAUUAAAAGCCUUGAUGCAAUAAUUUUUUAUAAACCCUGUCUAAAAUGCUUGUUGUAGAGUGAUGAAGAAUCAGGCAAAGGUUUCAUCAUUUUUCUACAUUCAUUUUCUACAUUCAUUGAGCUGAGGAGAGUUGUAGGAAAUUACUGAAGCUUAGUCAACUGUGAAUUUUUUCAUUGCUUGCUCGUGUUCGCUUUCCCUGCAAGUUUGUUAUUCAUUUGCUUGCUCAUGUUGUUCGCCUUUUUUGUGUGGAACCAAUGUGUAUAGGGUUGUGUGAAUAGGGUAGUUACUUUUGCUACAUUUUUUAUCUUGCAUCACUCUCAUUACUUCAAAUAAUAUUCAUUUUUCUUCAGUAAAUGAUUGCUAGUAAUUUUGAACUGUUUCACGUAGGGGGUAGAUUAGUUAAAAAAUUUAAGGAGAAAUAAAAAUUGAAAAAUUAUGAAUCUAGUAGCCAGAUGUCAGGGUCUUAAUUCAAGAGGCUGCUAGCAAAAAGAUAGUAUUUUGUAGUUGAGAUAUUCUUAUGAUACCUACAAUGGUAGAGUUUGUUCAUAAGUAUUAUUUUCAAGUUUACUAUAAUUUGCAUCUCAUUAAUUUGCUUACUUUUAAUAUGAGAGCAUAGCCAAAUCCAGUGGAGACAGUUUUUUAAGUUAUUAAUUAAAUCUUUAAACUAACAGAUAAACAUACAAAAUUAUGAUUCUGAAAUUGCAUACAAUUCAAACUUGUAUAUAUCUUCGUUCUUAGAUUUAUUUUAAUAGUUAGUUUAGUUAGUUUCAAUUAAUAGAUAUUGUGAUGAGUUGGAAAUUUGAAAUGACAAAGUAAUUAACAAAUGAUUAACUGCAAUGAUUUCAUAUGCAAGCAGAGAUUUUAAGGUUGAAA